AUGGCGGUGCUAGACGAGGCGCUCAAGCCGGGCAACGUCGGCAAGAUCGUCGGCGUCGGCAUGGACAAUGGGACGGGCCCGUGGGGGCACGGCUCCACUUCUCGCUUCAAGCCGGCGUAUGAGAAGGCGAAGGCGGCGGGGCUGAUGCUGUCGGCGCACGCCGGCGAGGAGGAGGGCGCCGCGUGCGUCGAGAUGUGCCUCGACGUGCUCAAGUGCGACCGCAUUGACCACGGCGACGCGGCCGUCGUGCGCAAGCUCAAGGACCGGAACACGCCCUGCACCGUCUGCCCGAUCUCCAACCACCGCGCUCAGAUUGUGCCGCGAAUCUUUUGCGGCGAGAGCCCCGUCCGUGCGAUGCUCGAGGCCGGCUUGCACAGCGACGACCCAGCCUACUGCGCCAUCGGCACGGUGGAUGAGCGCUGCUACGCGUGCGAGCCGCAGACCUACGACGGCUACGUCAACUCGGCGUACAUGCGGGCCGCCCGCGACAGCGGCACUCGGUGCGUACUCUUGGCCAAGCGCUCGAUCGAGGCGUGCUGGAAGCUGACGGAUGCGCAGCGUGCAGGCUACCUCGAGAAACUCCGUGCUUACUGCGAUGGCUGGAGGCCAAAGGCGGCCGCGGGCCGGAAGUAA